AUGUACCUUUUGGACAGGUUUCGGGCAUGAUUUUGUUCGUGUUGGUAUAUCUAGGGUAUUUAAUAUCGUUGAUAUUUGCAAGCAAAUAAAGAAUAAAAUACAAGCUACUAUUAAGAUUUAACCUACAUACCUACACUUAGAAUAUUUUAAUAAUGAACCUGAUAUGGCUAUACGAAACUUAAUAUGUUUAUUAUCAAUGUAAUAAAAUAUUAGAAUUCAAAAUCGUGUGAUUUAUAUAAAUAAUAACAGUUAAAAAUGUAUGUAUACAAGUUCUUUGUUAUGCUAACGUGAAAGAAUUUAAAACGAAACGGAAACUGUCAAACAUACUGUCAAAUGCUGCUAUCUGCUGAACUACUGAGUGAUUAAAUUGAUAAGAAAAUUAAAUUAAAAAACUAAUUCUUCCAAUGAUAUUCUUAUUAAAAUUAUUAGAACCCUAUUAUUGUGUAAAAUGUGAAAAAUUGUAGUGUGCUAUUACACCACCAAAAUGGAGAAUAUAACCAUUGCGGACGACCCAGUGGCACAAAGAUGGAAUUCGUCGUCCUUAGAUUUCGCCGAAAUAACAAUAGAUCGAAACUUCGCCCUGUUAUUAGUAUCCCUUAUAUCGGCUAUGCUAUGGGUCGUUUAUAUAACGUACUACAACAGCCGCGUACUUGGCUAUAUAUUAACGAGGUUGAUUAAUAAAUUCUACUUUCAAGAUGAAAACUUCAAAAUUGGAUCAUUCACACUUAAUGCAUUAUCUGGCAAAAUUAUGUUUCGAGAUAUUGUAUAUAUCAACUAUGAUUACGCUCUCCGUAUCCAGGAUGGAUAUUUAAUAUUCAGAUGGUGGAGAUCGUAUGUGCCUAAAGAUGCAUCUGAAGACUUAUCACAUUCAGACACCCGUCUUUCUAUCAUGCUUAAUGGUUUUGAGUUACACUUUUACAAUAGGUGUGACCUUUACAACGAACUAGAAAAAACCUUUGGCCUAGAUCCAGUCAUCAAACAGCAGAAUGACGAUGAUUCUACAGACCGUGACAAAGCAAUGAAUGACGCUAAUGAAAAACGGAGACGUGCGCAAGAUACCGUGAGAUCGGAAGCUGCUAUGGCUCGAACAUGGCGAGAUUUAAUACCUGUAAUUAAAAUAGAUAUUUGUUCCGGGCGUAUAGUAUUUGGAAACCGUCUUGUUCCCACUACACUAUCUAUAAGUGUUGAAGAAGCUCAUCUUGUCUACAGUACGAAACCACCUGCUUCAAGUUUGGAUCAUCUGAUGCAUUUCGUUAAAGUUAAGGCAGAAAAUUGUAAAGUCAUUCUAGCACCAAGUCCAAAUUACACAGCCAUGGUUGAUGAACCCCCAAGAUACAUGGGUGAGGGGUUUGUUGUAAUGAGUUCAAAUUAUAUUGAAGUGUAUUUCUACAUGGAUGAACCAGGAUUAGUCCCUGAACAACCAGUGCUACUGCAGUUAGCAAAUGGCGACAUUGUGGAAUCAGCUCCACCCAUUUGGGGUGUAGAUAUAAAAUGUGGGAAAGGAACAGAUUUUAGCUAUGGACCAUGGGCAGACAGGCAAAGAGAUCACUUAUUCAAAUUCUUUUUUCCACCAAACUAUAAAAAUUUAGAAGUCACACCUCAGCCAAAGCCUGGUGACAGACGACAAAUGCAAUCUUUUGAUAUCAGGCUGUCGACAUUAAACGAAGCUACCAUAGAUAUUCUCUUCACAAAAAAUAAAGAGACUAAUGCUGUACAUAUAAAUAUUGGUGCUGGAUCUUAUUUGGAAGUGACAUUACCAUGGAUUGUAUUGCAGGACGGGUACACAACUAAAAUCACAGGGCAACUGUUGCAUCUUGAAGCAACUACGAGCCUUCAAUACCGAAGUAUGGCAGAGAGUGAAACAUUAGAAUAUACAGUUAAAUGCCACUAUCCUCUAGUUUGGAACCAUCAUCAAUGUUGGCAAUUAGGCUUGACAGGAUGCAAAGCGACUAUUCAUCUUGUUUAUACUCACAUAGAUUUCUUCCAGGAUUUGAUCAAUGAUUGGUCAAGCAAAGCGCGUCCAGACAUUUUGCAUUUUGUACCAUACACUUGGAAAAUAUCAUUGCUACUGAAGGAGUGUGAGGUGGUCACUGUUAGCAAUCAGUACAACUGGAUAGAUUGCAGUUCUACCAAUCAAGAAAACAAUCAUGUAGCAUUUUGUGGUGACCUUUUGGAUGUGUCUUUUGACUUGCCCUUUGUUGAUUUUUUGCCUGACGUGAUACCUCUUAAAAUAUGGAUCCAAGGUGAAGCUGUCGAUAUGAGCUUGUACUUGCCGGAAGUUAAUACCUCUAGAUUGCUUCUGUUAUCCCUUGACAAGAAUAUGAAACUAGUUCCUUGCAGGUUAAAAGCCUCAAAAUGGAGAAGAAAAUGCGUAAAAUCGCAAGGCUGGGUGGAUUGCUGGUCAGUCCCAAUAGUGGCCUUGAGUGUGAGAUACAAUUACCAUCCAAUCCCUCCAUUAGGGCCGGAACCUCAAGCGGAUAUCACAACUCCAGAAAAAGAGGAGAUACUUUUAUCGCCUAUGAGAAUACCACGAAUGCGGAAGCAGCCACAAAUGAACUGGACUAUGGAUGGAAACAAUUUCGAUCGGACAUCUCUAUCACCCGACAAAGUCAGUCUCGAACUAGAAGUGGGACCGUCCAUACUUAUUGCAUAUGGAACUAUUAUUACAAGUUUCAUGAACUUGUUGGAAAAUAUUUUUGGUGAAGAUCAAACCUUCACAGAUAUGCAAAAGUCUCCGAACAUGGAAACAUUUCAUUGGACUAAUGAAAAUUCUACAAAGAUGAAUGACAAAAGCAGUGUUAACCAAAAUAAUGACAUAUCUUUUGACGACUCAACAGAUACUAGCAAGGGACCAUUUGAUCCUCGGCACUGCAGACCUUUAGAUGUCACUGUUUCCAUCAUAAUUCAUGAUAUUCAAGCACAUUUAGUAAAGAAUUGCAGUGAAAACGAACCACCAUGCCCUGUCAUAUUGAUAGAGAGGUUUGGUUUUGAAAUGGAUAAAAGAUAUAAAGAAACGAAACUGCAACUUCUGUUGAGUCCUUCUAUAUUGGUUUCUGCCAAUAACCUAUCCAGAACAAAUCCUAUGAAUUCAGGCGCAUUAUAUCAGGGACAUUUAAUGCUUUCCUCUUUUCAAUUACGUGGAAAUGGUUUCUUCAGUGAUACUAAUAGGUCUGUUGAAGAGGACACCGUCGAAUAUGCCUGGAUGAUGGAAUUACAAUUAGGCCAACUAACUGGUCGCUUGACUCUUCCUCAGUUGUAUCAAAUCAUAUCAUCAUUGGAAACGUUUUUGUUAUUGAUUUGUGACAGUGAAAAUGAAUUGAUUCCUCCUAACCCUGUAAAAUAUUGCCAUCAUGGUAUGAACACGGGCCUGUGUCCAGAGUCGGAUGUCACGUUAAAAUAUCGCUGUCCAACUCCAAACGAAAUCAAGUAUCGCAUGAUUCGCGUUGCAAUAGACUUGAUUGACAUCUACAUUGCUGAUACUAAUACCACGCUACAAACGUGGCUUUCGCCAGCUAGACUGAGUUUUUGCAACCUGCGUGGAUCAGGUUUUGGAACUGGCAUUACAGGCUUAUUGCCUAAUAUAAAACUUGCUGUAUAUACUCAAACAAAUAUGCAAACGAACACUCACCAUAAUUCAAGUGGCAGCAACAGUAGCCACAAUAAGCUUCCAGAAAGCGAAAACUGGGUCGGGGUUGGAUCAGCAUCGUUGGGACCAGUUUUGAUAGAGGCAGCUUCUUCCUUGCCUCAGAGCCCUAAAAAUCUCCAUCUCGUACAACAAAAGUUCUUAAAACUUCAUGACGAUAAAACAAAACGAUUAUGGUUCUUGUGGCCAAACGAGGGCCGAAGCGCACAAUGUGGGUGUACUGGAGGAUGUGCUUUCUUUGGAUCCAAUAGAAACGGACCAAAUUUUUUGAAACCUAAUCCUUCUGACCUUAACGAAGGUAUCAACAUUGCUCUGUUUAACAUCAUAGAAACUACUCCCGGUGAAUAUGGAUACGGACAGAGUUUGUUGCAUUCUGGACAAUUGGUGUUUCACACUCCACCCUAUAAUAGUUUGAAUGUAUGCUUACAACCAUCAAAUGUUAAUGCGUUGAUACCUUCGCCUCUGCCCCAAUCUUUCAAUAGAUCUCCCCAAAGUGCAGAGAGGAGAAGUUUGACAAGAAGAUUUUCAUACACCAGUAUGAGCAAAGGCAGUAAUAAUAUUCUCGUGUCGAGUACAAAGAGCGACGUUCCUUACGCUCGUCUCGUAGAUUCAACCGGCCCAUUGGGAAGCUCGAAAAUCGAUAGCGAUUCCAAACUAAAUAAAAGUGUACUGAACGUGCCUCAAAUGGAAAGUAGUGUCUCUGACUCCAAAUUGGCAUUGAGUUGUGGAGUUAAAGAUAAUUCAAAUGUACCAUCCAUUAAAAAACAAACAGAGGUUGACGCGUUUGUUGUUCCAAAAGUACCUGCCAGGACAGUGGGAGUAUCUGAGUCCCACUAUUCAUUAAACUCCCAAGCGCCACAUGAAGAUACAUUACUACAGCAAGAAGUUCAAAGAACAAUGUCGAUAACAAGCGAAAAUCACUCGGAAGCUUUCUUCUCUGCGGAUGAAGACAUGUUUCCGAGCAGGUCUUCUAGCUUGAAACAUUCAUUCGGAAGUCGUCACAGCAAUCCUAAAGACAAGAGUUCAUUUGGCAUCAAUGAUAUCACAAAUGAAAAAUGGACUAAUUCUAUGCCUAGAUCAGAACCUGCAGGUGGACCUGACACCAUAAGUAACUUAAGCACAGGUGCUCAGCCAGAUUCGGAAAGUGGAUCAGUUUCCUCGACAUCAUUUAUUUCCGCAAUUUCAUCACAGGAAGAUAUGACUUUAGUGAAUCUCCACAUGCAGACCAACAAACCAAUAGUAGACUCUCCACUACUAAUGGCAAGUUACAUUCAAACUUUACCACAAUACAAAUGUACUAAUUGGUAUACAUGUUCUCUACCGAGUGGAAGCGAUGUAUAUACUUUGCCUCUUUUUAAAAGAGCAGAGGACGGGACUUUGGUAUAUGUCGGUCAAAAAUAUUUACCGAAAUUCGAAUCAAUAGGAAAAGUCAGUAUUCUGAAGCUUAUCUCCAAGAAGGAAGGUCAUAGUAGCCAAAAUCAACAUGGUCCAUAUUCAAAUUUGACUCCGCAUUUCAACAACCAGGUGAAGGCACACCCUUACCCACAUGGGUGGUGGGAUUUACAGCAAAACGUACAAGACAACCAAGAGAACACCACUGAUAAAAGUACCUCUUCAACAGCUACCACGACCAGUGACAGUAAAAGUGGGCUGUUUAUUAAAUUUCGAGGAGAAAUAGACAUUAUGUUGACACCAUUAGUCCUAGAGAGUACUCAGAAGUUUGUAGAAUCGCUGACACCAGUUUUGGCGAACAUCCAUCCUAUAACGGUUAUUAACCAUUUACGGUUACUUUGCAUAUCUUCAGUGGAGAGUGCGAACAUUCUGAAACAGAAACAGUACGCUCAAAAUUGGCUACCACAAAUGCAUGCUCGGAACCAAUCUAACGUGAUAAGGGAUAAAGACGAUAAAUGCAAACUUGCCACUAUACCGCAUACGAACAUUUACGAGGAAACGAUUUGUGACCAAUUACAGGCAACGGUGACGGUUCCCAAAGUUAAUCUGAUAUUUAUACAGUCAUCUGUAGUCGAAGAUAUGAUAUCCUUUUCUGCUCUUGACAAUAUUCAAGAUUUAACUUGCGUAUCGUUGUUUGGAGUUUCCGUGGAAAACAUAGUAGCUAAAUACGUGAGUUCAAAGAAGACCCUAGAAUCAGUGCAAGUUUAUUAUCGACCUACGCUCAGAGCCUUAGGAAGUAAGAAGUCUUUCGGGAUAAUGAAAGGCCCGAGAGCACGUAUUUCUACACAAUCUUCUGGUUCUGGAAGAAAACGAGGAACUGAGAAGGGCGAUCCUGUCUUCAUAGAAACUUCGCAGCAGCAGUCUGAAGACAGAACAAUAACGUUGAACGUGGGAAAAGUUCACGGCCAGCUACGACGAAUUCGAAACGAAUCGACUCUACUCAAGGAUGCUACUAUCACCGGAAUUCCUUGCCAACAUUCGAAAGUAGCUUUCAAAUUCAUUAGAGCCGACCCUACUGCGAAAGGAGUAGAAACUACAAACCAGAACGGUGCAACGGAUGGACAGAAGGAGAACUCGAUCGGUUACAUUAUGUUCGAAUGCGGCCUCGAAGGCACGUCUAUCAAAGUGUCAAUGCAUUCCCUGUCCCACAAGCCGAACGACGACAAGAAACCGACAAAGGCGGACGUCGAAAGUUGUAGGGAGUCUGUGAAAUCGGCGGAGGAGCUGAAGCCUGAUAAGGAAAAGGAGAAACCGGCGAAGAGUCGUACAUCUGGGAUCGAGGAUUUGUUUAGGAAGAGGGAUUCGAAUUCUAAGCCUAGUACUCCGAAUCUGGGUAACUCUCAGCCGCCGCCGGUACCGCCGGUCCCGCCUGUCCCACCCGAACCGUCUACGCCGGGCCCAGACGAGCCGUCCAAUGGCAGUAACACUACGGUGGCGCCCGUCAAAGACAAUGGAAACACGUCGUCUUGCGCCAUCGACUUGAAGGUUGUGUGGUUCAACUUCGCUGCGCCACCACGAACGCCGAUCACAAAGAAGAUUGAUUACACGAGACUGGAUUGGAACUUGUUGAGCACCGCGUCGCCGGCCAUCAACGCGUGGAUGAACCCGUGCAACCGGCUCGGCAUCCGCGUGGUAUCUCUGUACCGGGCGCACGCGCGCCGCCUCACCGCUACCGCCGCCAGCCUCAUGGCCGGCGCGCUCGACCUCGCGCCACACCACACGCUGCCCAAGAGUCGUUACGGUCGACACACGCCAAUGGCGAAGCAGCUGCGUGAGGAGCCAUCGCUGCAGCUGUGCGGCGUAUUGCUGAGACACGCGCUGCAAGCCGACGCCGCCGCUGUGCAGGCCGACCUGGCGGAACGGCACCUACCCUCCUUGUCCACGUUGCGACAGGGGGUGAUAGUCCUCAGCCGACAAUGGAAGAACAUCCUAUACACGCCUCUACUACUAGAACACAACUACAAGAGCAAAGUGAUGAAACCGCUGAAUGUCACAUUCGCUUUGCCUGACCUAAUGGAGGAUUCUGUAGAAGGUUGGCAAGAGUAUCCUCUGGACAACGAAGUUCUAGACGAGAACUGUCUCCUUCUAGAUAUGGAAACCGAGAAGGGCAACAUUCCUGUUCGCGCCGCACAGAACAGCCGCGCGAGUUUAGUGUUCCCAUCUCUGCCAUUCUCCACAAGAAAGCCGCCAUUCCAGGACGACGCCAUUGCUAACUAUGGCACACUAAAAGAGGAACUGCCCACUGUGGGGUCGAACCCAUCCCUAUAUUCACCCCACGGUAGCGACGAGAAUGUCAAAAACGACCGUGCGAGAGAGGACCUCUACCAAUGGAUGGCUAACCAGGAACCCAUCAAAGUGGAGUCGAAGAGCAAGAAGCCCAUGAUCCCGGCGUCGAAGAUGAACCCGCGCGUGAUGGCGGCCGCUCUACCCGCGUGCAGCCUGUACCCUCUGCAGGGCUCGCUCAUGUUACUGGACGCGCACCUCGUGUUCCAGCCCUUCCUGGCCGCGCUGGGCGUGUCCCCGCACCAGGUCCCGCAAGGAGAAUCGAAGAACAAAGGCAGUGGCGAAGGAGUCACUCAACCGGCUCUAGAGUCGCUCGGGUCGAAGCUGUCCCUACUAGCGUGGGUGGACACGUUCCGAAUUGAUAUCGUAGUAGGGGACUUGGCACGUGAUCGACGACACCACCAACAGAAACCCAAAGGCAACUCGAGUCAUGCGGACAUUGCAUCGGAAACGCCCGCGUUCCUCUGCGAGAAGGUCUCGCUGGACGUAGACCUGAAGAAAGUAGCCGAUAUGGCCGUAGACGACCUCAUACAACGCCAGAACGUGCUGUACAUAUCGCGCGGGCAGCUUAAGAAACACAUCAGUACUAUGAUCAACUUUAAUAUCAGCGUGCGUUUCAUAUCGCAGCAGGUAAAUAUGCCGCUGCUACGUUUAUUGCACCAGAUCAGCAACAUGUAUCAAAAUGUCAAGGACACGCAGACGGAGUUGCGCAGUCAGACGAAAAUAUCCCAUCGCCAGGACAAACAUACUUCCUCUUCUGUGUCAGACUUCCGCGAGAACUUAGUGAGCGUGACGUCACUGGACAAGCAGUCGCAGUACAGCGCGACGGGCGUGAAGUGGGAGCCGCCCCCGCCCGCCAGUCCUCCGCUGGCGCCGCGGCCGCGCCCUCAAUCCUUCGCGCAGAAACUGCGCUCCACCGGCAAGAGUGUCAAAGGGAAGCUGGGCUACAGCUCGCUAAACGAGGGUGCUCACACGCCGAUGUUCCCCGCGGGUGGCGUGUCCUCUCCGCCUGCUUCAAUAACGGUCGUCAACGCAGCCCCUGUCGCCCCUGUCGCCCCAAUAAUCCCCGAGGUUCCUACGACUGGAGUCCCCGCUGCAGACGAUAAAGUGCUGGCGCCGCGAUGCUGGCGAACCGUGUACUUGCUACUCGACUUGUACGCUAAUAUGCCAGAUGCUGAAACCAUCACGCAUAGGUUCUCUGUAUCCCGCGAGUUGCCCGAGGGUUGGAACGGCCCCGGCGGCGGCGGUGCCGGCACGGGCACUGCCAGCCGCACCCGGCCCGGCAGCGCGGGCGGCAGCUCGGCGCUGGCGCUGGUGCUGGCGGGCGGCGCGCGCAUUCACCGCACGCGCCUGCUGGCCUCGCUGUCCGGCCUCAAGCUGGAGGCCGAGCUCACCUCGCUGCACGCCUCGCUCUCCGCCUCACGCGCGCGACAGUGGGCACUCUCCGGCAACCUGGGCCGCUCCAUGAUCGUGUUGCUGGAGGGCCGCGCGCCCGCGCACCAGACCGUAGUCCGCGUGAAUGUGGGCAAAUCCCAAGCAUUAUACUCAUGGGAGGCAGGGAGAGCAGGGGCCGCGGGGCUAGCGAGCGUGGGUGGUAUACGGAUCGAUCUGCCGCAACACCCUGUAGCUUUACACGGCGUCAUGACGCGAUCCAGUCGCCAACUGUCCUCUACGCUGCAAGAACUCGGCGUAACUCGCACAUCGUCGCGUUUAUCGCGCGGCGCCGACGCGGCCGAAGAAGCGCCCGCCCCCACGCCAGUCCCUCCGCCGCCGCCCGCCCGCCCGUCGGACCCUCUACUCAACCCGCUACAUCUGCAGUUCUCCAUAGUGCUGCAGAGCCUAAGCAUCACGGCGGCGUUGCUGCCGUCGUUGCAAGCUCAGUACAAGAUGGAGCACGUCCACAGUUCCGGAGUGACGGGCACCAAAGCGCACUUCACCGUCGACUUGCCGCAGCAUUCGCUGAGUUUCGUUACCAAACUACAGAUGAGCGAAGCGAAGCUCCCAGCGGCGGCUUCGGUCGCAUUACCCGCUGUCCAAGUGCGGGGCCGGGUCGCAGAGCACGCAGGGGACGCCGGCCCCGACCAAGGGGCCUCCAACGGUGGUGCUGAAGGCGUGGUCCUUCGAGCCGGACGAUACUUGGCCGCUACUGCCGAUAUAGGACUGUUCGAGCACACGCUGUCUACAGAUCUACUCAACCAUUUGGUGUUCGUGCAAAAAGUGUUUAUGAAGGAAGUUAAUGAAGUUGUACAAAAAGUAUACGGCGGCGAAAAACCCGUACCACUGUGGAACGAAGAGGAGGUCUCACAGUCUGCCCUCAGCCGGAUUCUGUUCUCUCUCAUCAUAAGAAUAAAACGUAUUCAACUGACGGCGACGACGCCUUCUAACAGCGCGGUGCGCCUAGAAACCGGCGCGGUAGAGUUCGAAGUGUCCAAUCGGGUACAGAACGUACCGCGCGCCGACUCGCAGGGAUCGCCGCGGUUAUUCGCGCGAGCGCAUGUUCUACUAAACCUUAGCUUGGGACAGCUCAUACGGAAUGCUAUGUUUGAUGAGGCGGAGCCAGAGUUCCAGCAGUACGCCUUCUUCAAUACUAGGAUAGCGAUGCGUAACGCGUUCCAAGACGAGAUGGUGGACGGUGAAGACAAGGAAGUGGUCCUCAUCACACUCAAGCGGCCGCUCAUCUACAUCCAGCCCGUGGCCGUGGACAAGGCGAUAUUAGUGUGGCUCAACUACAAGAACGCCUACGAGUACUGGAACGAGAAACGACUCAACCUCAACAAGGAAGUUCUGACGGCUACGCAGCAAGUGUUCGAGAAGGUCCAGCAGUCGUCGGCGGCGGCUGCGCCGCACCCGAGUACGCUGUUCCUGCAGCUCAACGUCGAUGACAUCGGCAUCUGUCUACCCCUCAACCCGCCACCAGUCUCGGCACGCGGGGCUGGUCGUAGCGAUACCGAAGCUCGGGGCGCCGUAGUAGUGACAUUGGAAAGCACUAGCGUAGGGGCCUGCAGUUCCGGCGCGCUAGUCAGCAAGGGCCGAUUCGUGGGAUUAUGUCUACGAUUCGCGGACGACUUCGAAGCAACUCUCGAUGACUGGAGACCUGCGCCUUUGGAACCGAGUCUCAAUGUCUGCCGCGUGUCUGAGGGCACGUAUGAAGUCUGCAGCCGCACUACCGCCGCUAAGCAGCAUGAGAACGCAAAAUGGUUUUUGAACGUAUCGUGGCAAAUGGAGGGCGUAGAUAUCCACCUGGAUGUGAACGUUGGCAAACAGCUUUCUGCACUCGGACACACGCUCACAAUGCUUACAGGUUUUGAAGAAGAAGAUCCUUUGAAAAUGGACUAUGAAAGUGAUUUAGACGAUGAAGCGGACAAUAGUAAAGAUUCCCAGGAGAGCAUAAUACUCCGGCGCAAAUGCACGGACCACUUGCCCGCGUUCGUAUUCGACACGAGCAUAGACUCGAAACAGCGGUCGAAGCUCAUAGAAAAGGAAAUGAACGAACAAGCCAAGAUCAUCAACGAUCUCCGAGCGCUCGGCGCCAGCCACGCCACCAUAGAGUACGAGAUGAAACGACUGCAUGACUUGGAAGCGCUCGUCUUUAAGGACUUCCGAAGGGACAUGAUCCAGAAACUUCGACGGCAGAGUGUCCGCGCGAGCUCCAUAACCAAGGGCAAGCUGGGGCUUGGCUCCAACCGCUCGCGGUCCUUCAUGGCCGCCGACCCUCCGCCUGAGAGACACGACUGCGACAGUGAAGUCGCGAGCGCGGGUGAGCCGGGCCUGGGUGUUUGUAAUGGCGUCGGCGACUCGGGCGAGACUCUCCUGCUGGCGGAUGAUCAAGACCGGCUCGCAGACAUCAUUGAGGGCGGUAGUUGGAGCUCAAUGGACAGUGAACCGUUGGCUGACUCGAAGAGCGCAACAGCAUCGGGCCCCUCCCGCUCGGCGUCGUUACGUGGCGCGACAGGCAGCGGUGCUCGUUCCGUCACGUUCCAACCCCCGCCCGUACAGCGACAGAGCUCCCUGCCAGCGCACGCUGACCACUGGCCGCUGCAACUGGACGGGGUACAGCUGCGCCGCCCCGAGUACAGCGCCGGCGCUGACGCACAGAACUCCGAGGGCAAGCAGAGCAAGCCCAAGACCGCGGAGCCGAGCAUAGACUUCGAGCUGGACGUCAAAGUGCACAUCAAUAGCGGCAAGUGCGUGCUCCACACUAAGGAACCUUCGAAGGAGGACGAUAUGAAGAUAGGAGGCCGGAUGCGCGUAGGCCGGUCAGCUUCCGGGGGCUUAGGCGAGAGUGGGACGGGUGGGUCGCCGCCGGGCCCCUCCGGGUUGGGUCCGUCCGCGUCGGGCGCGGGGCUGGCGGCCAGCGGCGGGGGCCGGCGGAAGGGGGCGGGGGCCGCUAGACACCAGCCCAGUCUGGACCUUACCGUGUUCAGAGUGCCGGGGCUCGACCUCAAGGUACACUACGAAUCCAAAACCUUACCGGAAGAGGCGGCAUCUCCCCUCUCGAGUGGAGCGCCGGCGCGCAAGGUGGCCACUAAAAAAGCCGCGUUAUUCGCCUGGAUCACCGUGCAGAGUAUCCCUGAGGAAACAAUAAUUAGUCCACAUAUACUGGAGUUCCUCGAGCAAACGCUGGAACCUAUACCGACUAAAGCCUUCUCAGCGCCCACUCCAGAAGCGGAGAAUGGCGAGCGCACACUCACAGGCGGAGCGGACGCGGCCGCGGGCGAUGGAGCGGGCGCGUCGUACGGACAAUACGUGUACGCGUCCUUCCCCGUCGACGUCAUCGUACAGUUCCACAUGCAACCCUCGACCUUCCGCUUCAGCUGCCUGCCCGCGUCGCGCGUCGAGUGCCUGCUGCAGCUUCCCAGUCUCCAGAUCGUGUUCAGCUCUAAACGCGCGGGAGAUGAGGAAAUGUCAGAGCCAGCGGUCGCGAUGGGCGGGCUGAGCGUGACAGGUUGCCUGGCUGACUUCUCCGUAUACGUAUUCCAUCCGUACGGCGGCAAGAAGUCCAGCCUGAAGGAGGCUCAGUGGUCGCCGCUAUCUGACACGGAGCGAAAGGACUCGCUGUCCAUCAACGUGGAGUUCGUCAAAUUCCACCUGUCACGCUCGCGCAAGCUCGAUUUCCAGGCAGACCAUGACCAGUCCAAGGCCACCGUCAGAUUCUCCACUAUCGUGGACGUGGGGUCGGCUUGGUUCAAAUACGACAUGCGGCGUUUGAGCGAGAUCCUGGCGUUCCCACGCGCCUGGUACCGCCGCACCAUCGUGCGCCGCAUGUUCCUGGGGGACCUCAGCCUCAACGAACAAAGGUCAUCGACUACUGUACCUGUAUCACCGGUGCUACCUCAAAGAGAGAAAACAAAGACUGUUGAUCACCAAAAACCUAAAGCAUCGGAGAGUAAGACUCCGGCGCCGGGCGCGGCGUGGGAAACGCUAGUGCUGUUUGCGGUUAACUUCACGCGGCUCAACGUGCACAUGAACAUGGGUAACGUCAUGGGGAACGUCAGUUGGCAGAGCCGUGACUUCCGUUGUUCUGGGCGACUGAGCAUCGGCAGUACUGGUCGACGCAACAUGUUGCUGGGCGUGGCUCUGGCAGGUUCCGCCCUAGACGCCAGGGGCGGCAUCGUGGGCGGGGCCAUCUCGCUUUCCUCCAUCGACACCUACGUGCACAUAGAGGAAGAACCGGGCUGCAGUCCGGGCCACGUAUGCGGGAUUCGUUUAGCCGCGCUAGAGCUGCGACUCGAGUACAUGGGCACGCCAGUGUUACUGGCGCGGGUGUCACGUCUACGGGCCAAACUACGGGACGACUGGCAAGAGCGAACGAGGCAGUAUAACACGCGGCCGGCGAUAAUCCUGACGCACGGCACUUUGAGCUGGCACCAGCUGCAGAUCCUCAUGAGCCGCAGCACGACUCCAGAUUUACUGAAGAUGCAGCUCAAACUCGAGGAAUUCUUCACGCAGCAGUUCAAGUCCAGCAAGCGGGUGUUCAGCUCUCUCCAUCCUAAUUACUCUAAUGCGAGGAGGGAUAAGCGAGAAUCGUCAGCACCGGCGCCAGGAACGAGCAGUGGGGCGACCGGAUCUAGUACUGGCGGAGGCAACACCAGCGCGACUGAAGCGGGGCCCGAGCUGAGGCACCACCGUCACUGGCAGCGCGUGCUGCGCCUCGUGUCCGGCCUGCACCCCUCCACGCUGCCCGCGCCGCUACCCGCCAAUGGCACCGUCCUAGGUGGCACGAUGGAGCUGCAUGGCACCAACAUCUCGCUGGCGUGUUUCCAUGGCAACAGCUUCAAGGCCAAGUCCUGGGCGCUGUUCAGCCUCAAGGACCCUUGCAUCAGCUUCGCGACGGAAGCCCAGCAAAUGACCAACGAACAGGGAUCAAUGGAGGUGCAGGUGACGCAGUCCCUGACCGCGUCGUUGGGCGGCGUGGGGUCGGGGGCGGGGCCUGGCGCGGGGGCGGGUUCGGGGGGAAGCAGCGGGCACCAAUCACAGGCCACGGUGUGUCGCAUGACGCGCGCGCUCAUAUUCCCGCCGCAGUUCAAGACGUUGCGCGAGUGGUUCCAGUACGCGUUCGCCAAUAGCGAGAUUGACGCCAUCGAGUUGUUCCCGUCGCUGGAGCGUGAGACCGGUUCAGGGCCGAGCACGGGCUCGGGUGCUUCAAGCACCGGGGCGGGGCUCACGGGCAGCGCUGAACGGGAGCGGGAGCGGGCAAAGGGCAGUGGCGACAAACAUGUGCGAGAAGUGAUCUUCGCGCUGCCCUCGCUGCAGCUGCACCUGCGCACGCAGCACCUGCAGCCCUCCGCGCCGCCUACUGAGCUAGAUCCAAAGCCAAUAGUGGAAUGCAGCUUCAUAACAGAAUUUGAGGACCACAUUUUCGUGUCGGUGGACGCGGAAGCAUUCCUGUUCCUACAUGAUCUGAUCUCGUCCUAUAUCAAAGAAAAGGAACGUGUUAUGCCGGGCAGCGCUCGCGCGUCGUGGGGCGAGGGAAGCACGAAGGUGGCGCCGCAGGACUAUCGUGACUACAACUGCGUGACGUGGCAUCUGGAGCCCACCGUAAGAUUACUCUCGUGGGCGGGCAAGUCCAUCGAGCCGUAUGGCGUGGACUACAUUCUGCAGAAACUUGGGUUCCGUCACGCGCGUACCACCAUUCCCAAGUGGCUGCAACGCGGGGCCCUAGAUCCUCUCGACACAUUGCUGGCGCUAGCGCACGCGAGACUGGUGGCGCUCGUGCCGCGGCAACAUCGCCUUCAAUACUGACUCAUCCCCGAGUGGCUGCAGCGCGGAGCCCUAGAUCCCCUCGACUCAUUGCUGGCGCUAGCGCACGCGAGACUGGUCGCACUCGUGCCGCGUAAGCACUGAACUACCGCCUAUAUUCAUGGUCACAGCGACAUCGCCUUCAAUACUCUCAUCCCCGAGUGGCUGCAACGCGGAGCCCUAGAUCCCCUCACACAUUGCUGGCGCUAGCGCACGCGAGACUGGUGACGCUCGUGCCGCGUAAGCACUGAACUACCGCCUAUAUUCAUGGUCACAGCGACAUCGCCUUCAAUACUGACUCACAUCCCCGAGUGGCUGCAGCGCGGAGCCCUAGAUCCCCUCAACAUAUUGCUGGCGUUAGCGCACGCGAGACUGGUGACGCUCGUGCCGCGUAAGCACUGAACUACCGCCUAUAUUCAUGGUCACAGCAACAUCGCCUUCAAUACUCACUCACAUCCCGAAGAGACUGCAGCGUGGAGCCCUAGAUCCCCUCGACACAUUGCUGGCGCUAGCGCACGCGGAACUGGUGGCGCUCGUGCCGCGUAAGCACUGAACUAUCGCCUAUAUUCAUGGUCACAGCGACAUCGCCUUCAAUACUGACUCACAUCCCACAUAUUUUUUACUGAGAUUUAAAGUUCAUUUUUUUAUGUUUUUGUACGUAAAAAUUGAUCAGAAAUAUAUAAAGAACCUAUAGUAGUCGAGACGGUUAAGAAGUAUUUUAUGAAAGAAUAUAAAGGACGACCCUAUGUUUGUAAUAAAACUUCUGAAAAGAAAUUGAAUCUCCCUGAUUUUUCCCCAUUUGUCAUUAUUAAGUCGGAGUUACUUAUUGUGGCCAAUGUAUUAUUAUUUUUAAGAAAGCAAAAAAAGAAAUACACCUCAGCGGAAUGUCUUUUUAUGUCACAAUCAUAGUAU